AUCGAAGCAAUUGGCUUCUUUUGACUCCAUUUCUUUUAUCAGUACAGCUUUGAAGAAAUAUUAUCAUCAUUAUAAAGUUUUAGAAAAUGCAGGCAUCACGGGCAAGACUAUUUAAGGAAUACAAGGAGGUGCAAAGGGAGAAAGUAGCGGAUCCAGAUAUACAGCUUGUUUGUGAUGAUUCCAAUAUCUUUAAAUGGACCGCACUUAUCAAGGGACCAUCAGAAACUCCUUACGAAGGUGGAGUCUUUCAGCUUGCGUUUUCUGUUCCAGAUCAAUAUCCUUUGCAGCCUCCUCAAGUGCGAUUUUUAACCAAAAUAUUUCAUCCAAAUGUACAUUUUAAGACGGGAGAAAUUUGCCUAGAUAUCCUGAAGAAUGCUUGGAGUCCGGCUUGGACAUUGCAGUCUGUUUGUAGGGCUAUAAUUGCCUUAAUGGCACAUCCAGAACCAGACAGUCCGUUAAAUUGCGAUUCAGGGAAUCUUCUUCGAUCCGGUGAUGUUCGAGGAUUUCAGUCUAUGGCUAAGAUGUAUACCAAGCUUGCAGCGAUGCCCAAGAAAGGUUGAUACAUUUUAUCACCAUGUCUGUGCUUGUAAGAUUUCACAUCACCAUUGUAUGUGUUUCUGGUGGUACUCCUAUAUUACAGUUUAUACAGUAAUACUUAAUUGUUUUUGAAGUUUUAUGAAAUAUAACAAUUGACUUGCAAAA